CAGGCUGGAGGACGACCACCUUUUGCAAACAUGCCGGGCGGGAAACGCGACGUCCUGACUGAUUUGGCCCUGGUCACAGCCGGUGCGUCGACAGCUAUCGGAGUGUAUUGGGGCCUGACCAAAUUGCAGCGCCGAUACUGGCGGCUGAAAGGUAAAGCAAAAGCCCGCAUUCCCUCCGCGCUCUUCAAGUCCGAAUGGGCUCGUGAAAUUCACAUCGCUACCCAGGCUGCUUUGAGCGCAGGGGUGAAUUUGAAGGCUUGCUCGGAGAAAGAUCCCACCAGCAAGUGUGUCUCGCACAAGGGGGAGAUCGAUCUGGUCACCGAGACGGACAAAGAGAACGAGCGGGAGAUCGUCGCCUUACUGCGCAAACAUUUUCCCUCCUACCUCGUCAUUGGGGAGGAAGAGGCCUCCGACGCCGGCGCCAUCCCUCCCUUGACUCGGGCGCCUACCUGGAUCAUCGACCCCAUCGACGGCACCACCAACUUCGUGCACGGAUGCCCCCUCUCCUGCGUGUCAAUAGCCCUGGCCGUGGACAAGGCCGUCGUCGUUGGCGUCAUUUACGAUCCGUUCAAAGACGAGCUCUUCUUGGCGGCCCGGGGAAGAGGCAGUUACCUUAACGGAAAGCCGUUGCAGACCGCGGGUGGCACCCACGAGUUACACCAGGCCGUCAUCAUCCAAGAAUUCGGGUACGAGCGGAGCGAGGCUGGGAUUCGUAAGCUCCUGCAGGUCUCGGAGCGUUUGCUUCGAGGAAACGUGCAGGCCUUACGGCAAUUCGGGUCAGGAGUCUUGGAUUUAGCCUACGUGGCGGCAGGGCGGGUGGACGGCGUGUAUUGCGGCGUGGCUGGGGAUGGGUGGAAGCCCUGGGACUAUGCGGCGGGCUCGUUGGUGGCGACAGAGGCGGGGGCGACCAUGAGCACGCUUCAAGGACAGGAGUUUGACGUGUUCGGGUCCUCCAUGAGCGAGGAGGAGGCGGUCGCUGCGGACGCGUACAUGAUCAUGUCCCCACCCCCGAAGAAGGCGCCGGCUGCCUCCAAGACCAAAGUGGCCGGCGGGGCAGGCGCGGUGAAGCGGGCGAACAAGAAAACGGGGGGAGGGAAGGGCGGCAUGGAGGGCGAGGGGCACGCCAAGGAAGCUCUCUUCUCCCCGCUGAAAGGCACUUCUCCUGCCGUCGUGAAAAAGGCGCGGAAAGCCGCCGCGCCCGCCUCAAAGGCCCGAGGGGCGACGAAGAAGACGAAUAAGGCAAAAUCUGGCUCUGAGGAAGAGGAAGAAGAAGAGGAGGAGGAGGAAAUGACCGCUUCGCCCGUAGCGCCUCGCACGAUGGCCCCGCGUCGCGCCGCUGCCAAGAAAGUCGUGUACGACAUGAGCGAGGAGGAAGGGGAGGAGGAAGAAGAGGAAGAGCCAGACAGUGAGUUUGAGGAAGAGGAAGAGGACGAUUCGGAUUUCGAGGGUUGA